CCCUGGCGCACUCGCAUUGCACGCAUGCGCGUAGCGCGCUGCGGUACUUGCGGUGUCUCCAACCUUCUCCUGGUUAACGUCGGGAGUGAGCUGUGGUCAAGUACAGCCCACCCAGAGUAUCGCAGUCUUCACGUCUUCCGCUGCUGGCUUGUGGCUAGACCUGUGUCCCUACUUCUUCUGGCCCUCCCUGGGCACCGUCAACCCGCUGAGACUGACGCGUGAGCACACAUACCUUAUAGCAAACUAAAACAAAAACACCUCACUUCUCUCCUGGAGAGAAGCUAGCUGUACCUUGAGAUAGUCUCCUGCACCAGUAAGAGACCUCUGAGCCUACUUUCAAGAGGCAGAGGCUGUGCUCUUGAUCUUGGUGUGGACUAUUGAGAAACAGAUGAGCAGAGACAUCUGCAUCCAUACCUGGCCCUGCUCCUACUACUUAGAACUUGAGAAGCGAUGGGUCCCUGGAAAACUGUCCUUAACUCCUCUUUCAUUAAAAUUCGCAAGUGAUAAAACUGCAGACGUUCUUGUUAGCUUUCCUCUCUCUAGUAUAGUUGAGAUCAAGAAAGAAGCUUCUCAUUUUAUCUUCAGUUCUAUCACCAUCCUAGAGAAAGACCAUGUGAAACACUGGUUCAGCUCCUUACAGCCUAGUCGGAAUGUUGUUUUCAGUAUCAUCGAGCAUUUCUGGAGAGAGUUGCUGUUAUCACAACCAGGAAUUGCCAUGGAGUCGUCGUCUUCUCCCACGUCUAGGGGGAAGGAACUGACAGGUUUAAUGGCCUGUUCUCAGAAGCGUCUAGAAGACACAGCGAAAGUCCUUCACCAUCAGGGUGAGCAGCUUGACGGUGUCAUGAGAAGCUUGGACAAGAUGGAGUCUGACCUGGAUGUGGCUGACAGAUUGCUGACAGAACUGGAAUCUCCUUCUUGGUGGCCCUUUAGCUCCAAGCCUUGGAAGUCACUGUCAGAAACAAAGCCCAAGGAAGGUACUUCAGUGACUAGUUCUGAACCUUUUGGAAGAGAAGGCAUAGUGAUCAAAAUUCCCGCUAUCAUUUCUCAAAGAACAGAGUCUCAUGUGAAGCCAGGAAGGCUCACUGUGUUUGUUUCUGGAUUGGAAAUCCAUGACUCCAAUUGUUUGCUCAUGCACAGAUUUGAAAAAGAAGAUGUAGACGACAUUAAAGUUCAUUCACCUUAUGAAAUCAGCAUACGCCAGCGGUUCAUUGGGAAGCCAGAUGUGGCAUAUCGUGUGAUAUCAGCCAAAAUGCCAGAGGUUAUUCCAAUUUUAGAAGUACAGUUCAACAAAAAGAUUGAGGUUUUAGAAGAUGUCUCAAUGCUCAGAAGUGCAAGAAUAUCUUCCCCCACAGAGAAAAGCUGCUCAUUCUGGCAUGCAGCUUUUGUUACAGCAUCAGGGCUGCUGGGCCACACCGUGCACCACGAGUCACCCACAGGAAGCCAGGAGGGCGGGCCACUGCAGCUGCUGAAGAGCGAGCCAUUCCUUUCUGAGGCGGAAUCCCAGGAACUGACGCAGAUUCUGAGAAAACUGAAGGGGCUGGCCUUGGAUGCUGAGACAGAACUACAGAGGCAGGAUGAGGCCUUGGAUGGUAUAACCACGGCUGUGGACCGGGCAACCUUGACCACCGACAAGCACAAUCGGCGAAUAAAAAAGCUGACCUAGAAGGACCAGGGACUCAAAGGUGCCUGUUUCUGACAAGGAUCUUUUCUCUUGGUUUGCUGUUCUCAACCCCUGCAUGUCCACCAGAAAUAAAGGCCUGGAAGCAAUUCCAGGAGCUAUAGGAGUCCAGAGGUCCUGCUCAGGAGGCCCACAGCUUCACUGGGAUGAGGGCUGCAGCCCAUAGUGACCACACCAAGAAUGGACACCACCUCGUGCAUGAGGAGCCUCCCCAAGCAUUCUUGGAAAUGUAUGUUUGAGAACACGGGGCCUGAGCUUCCUCCAGGCCAGGGCUGCCUACACAGCAUGACAGUCCUCCCUGACUGUGGAUAAGACCCCAACUCAGUGACACCAGUGCAUAGUCGCAGUCCAAGUUGUCUAGUGUCAAAACUAGUUGUAUUUUCAUCUUUUCAUCCUUGUCCCUAAGCACAAAAGGAAGAUUUAAGUCCUUUUAAAAGGAAUUGGCCUGCUUACUUCCAGCCCUCUGCCCAUUUGAACACACAGGCAUAAUUUUGUGAGUUAUACUGAAGAGUAUCUCUUCAGACCAUGUCAAGCUCUCCCCAUGCUCCCUCUGUGGACUGCUCAGCAUAGGCCUAGACAAGACAGAUGCCCCUGCCCCUGUCCCUGCAACCACCUAACCAUUUCAUUUCUGCUUUUUUGGUUUUUAUUUUGUUUUUUGAGGACAAACCAAUUUUCUUUUUAGAUGUAUUGUUAUUUUCUAACUGAAGUAAAGAACAUCCAAUAAACACCUGACAUAUUCUUUUACUGCCCAGUUUUUAACCAAAAGCAAGGUUAGCAUGACCAUACCUUUUUAAAAAUAUAUUGGCUUUUGUUUUCA